AUUGUUGAUCAGCCAGCUCUCCUUAAGAGAUUGAUAAUCUUUUAACAGUAUUUAAUAAUUCAGAGAGCAGAGAAUGAGAAUUGAGUUUUGUUAAAGAUUAAAAUCCAUGGCAAGCCAGGUGCUGGUGGCUCACUCCUGUAAUCCUAGGUACUUGGGAGGCUGAGAUCGGGAGGAUUGCAGUAAAGGCCAGCCUGGACAAAUAGUUUUGAGAGACCCUCAUCUCCAAAAUGACCAGAGCAGAAUGGACCGAAGACAUGGCUUCCUAAAGUGUCUCCUUCACAAGUGUAAACCCCAUCUCUUUACCCCCUCAAAACAAUUUAUUCAUGGCAAAGAAUAUCCUCUAUCUGCUUUCCCCACACUAAGGAGCAGAGAUUUAGGUUUUAUUUUCAGUUGCUUUUUAAAGAAGGAAAGCUCAUGGUGCAAAUUGUAAUUUCAAGUGCGGGGGCUGGAGGCCUGGCAGAAUGGGUGCUGAUGGAGCUACAGGGGGAGAUCGAGGCUCGCUACAGCACCGGAUUAGCUGGAAACCUCCUGGGAGACCUACAUUACACCACUGAGGGAAUCCCCGUGCUGAUCGUGGGGCAUCAUAUCCUGUAUGGGAAAAUCAUCCACCUGGAGAAACCUUUUGCUGUCCUUGUCAGACACGCUCCUGGGGAGCAGGACUGUGAUGAGCUUGGCCGAGAGACUGGCACCCAGUACCUGGUGACAGCACUCAUCAAAAGCAAGAUUCUUUUCAAAACCCGCCCCAAGCCUAUUAUCACCAACGUCCCCAAGAAAGUAUGAAAGAACCUCGGAUUUUCCCUAGAGAGCGGCCAACUCCUUGGACUCGUGCUCCACUGCCACCCCGAGGACGGCUCGACGGUUCCCUGGGACCACAGGGGGGUCCUGUUCUGAAUACAAGCCACCCACUGGGUGUGAACUCGGAUCCCUUCCUUAUGGCAGCUGGUUCUCUUGGUGGAAAUAUGGCCCCGUUUCCAAGGAACCCAUCUCCAUUUCCAACUUCAUCCGGCUCAUUGGCUUCAAAUCCAGCACCUUUUCCUGCUGGUGCUCGUGACCCAAGCAUGGCUUCAUUUCCAAGAGGGAUGACUCCCACUGGCACAGGCACAGUUUCUUUCCCAAGGCCAGGUGCCCUCUUGGGCCCAGGACCAGGACCAUCUUUAAAUCCUAGAACAGGGGUUCUUCCAGGGCCAGGGCCUAUGUCUAACCCCAGGUUAGGAGGUCUCCAAGGCCCGGGUCCUAUGUCAAAUCCAAGGGCAGGUGGUCUUCUGGGAGCUAGUCCUGACCUUAGAAGUGGUGGCCCCAUGGUCCCUGGAUCUGGACCCAACCUGAGAGCAGGUGUCUUAUCCUCUGGGAAUGGUCCUCCUAAUCCUAGGCCAGUUGGUCUGGGCCCUGGACCAAAUCCUAAUCUGAGAUCAGGCUUUUUAGGUUCAAACCCUGCCCCUAGGUCAGGUAUGUUUCCAGGCCCAGGUCUGGGGCCAAACCCACGAGCAAGUGGCUUGGGUCCAGGUCUUGCGCCUAAUCCCAGGGCUGGUGGCCCAGGUCCAAAUCUGGAUACCAGAGCAGGUGGCCUCUUGGGCACAGGAUCUGGUCUUAACUUAAGAAUGGCUGGACCUCAAGGACUAGAUCUUGCCCCCAUUUUAAGAGCAGCAGGUCUUUUAGGAACAAAUUCAGCUUCUUUCUCGCAGGCUUCUGGAAAUAUGGGCACAAGUCCAUCCUCCAUGGCAAGAGUUCCUGGUCCCAUAGGCCCAAAUAUGGGUCCUAGCUCUCGGGCAAUUGGCCUUCCAGGGCCAAAUCCAUCUCCCAUGUCAAGGGCUCCUGGCCCUAUAGGUCCUAAUUCAGCUCAUUUCUCUAGGCCAGGUGGCCCCAUGGGGGUAAAUGCUAAUCCCUUUCCAAGGGGGACAGUUUCAGGAGGACUGAACCCAUCUGCCUUCUCUCAGUCUUCUGGCACAUUGGCUUCAAAUCCAGGUACCUUUCAGAGGUCUGCUGGCCCCCAGGGCGCAGGUCCAGCUAUUUUUCCAAGAGCCUCUGGGCCACUAGGUCCCAACCCAGCUAACUUUCCAAGGGCCACUGGCCUUCAGGGUCCAAGUCCAGCUGCCUUCCCAAGGUCUACUGGUCCAUUAGGCCCUGGUCAAGUUGCUUUUCCCAGGUCAGCUCCUGGGCACCUGGGCUCUUCUCCAGCAGGCCCUGUGAGUAUCAGUGCAGCUCCUUUUGCAAGGCCAACUGGGACCUUGGGUCUUAACCCAGCUUCCUUCCCAAGGAUGAAUGGCCCUGCAGGGAAGAGUUUGGUCCCAUUUCCUAGGGUGGGGAGCCUCCCUGGCACAAACCCAGCUGCUUUCUCCAGACCAGGAGGUCCAAUGGCUGCAAUGUACCCAAAUGGAAUGUUGCCCCCUUAAACGUCACUUUCCCAUCAGGACCACCUUGUAUUGCAAGCACUGUGGUUCUGGGCAGGGACUGUCUCUUAAGUGAAAGAGUAGAUACAGAGCUACUGUCUGAAGAACAUAGCGGGGCUCAAGUUCAAAUGAGCCAUCUUUUUCUCUGCUUUUUUCCUGACUGAAGGUGAAAUGUUAGUUGUGGGACAUGGACUGUGGCAGGUGGGAAUGAUCAUGACCUCAAGAGAAAGGAUCUUCGGCCUCCCAGAAGCCUGCUGUGCUUUUGUCCCACAGCUUUCUGCCCCUUGUUUCUUAUUAGUUUUCUUGAAUUGUUCUUGUGGACUUUUCCUCAGGGAUUCAUUGGCCUGCAGGUCCCAAUUCAUGUGUAAUCCCGUUUCCCACCGGAGAAUCAGCUCACUGCUCUGUACAGAUGUUGCAUUGGUGAAUGGACCAUGCUUCAGUAGCUCUGACCAGGGCAGCUUGGACCUAGUCAUCUUCUACUGCCAGACCUUUCCCUGGGGGCUUGAACACAGAACAGGGAGGUGGACAACUACUUCACAAACCUAUCAAACUUCCACUUAACUGGGCCUGCAGCUCCUUUCUCCUGGGACUUAGAGGGGUCAGAUUUAAGGCUCCUCUGUUAAUUCAGCUCCCUUGCCACUGGUACUCCAAUCAAAGAACCUCAAAACUUAAAACUGAUGUGGAUGGGAAUGGGGGGGGUGGGGGAAUGAAGGGAAGAAAUCACUGUGCUUUGUUCAGCCUGAUGUGAAGGAUGGUUGGUGUUUUUCCUGCAUUGUAUCUUUUCUUACUGUUUAAUAAAUGGGAUGUGAGGGCUGCUGUUGUCCCUCCGUUUUAUCUGUUCUCAUAGGGAAGUUUACACUCCGCUUUUCAUUGUUUGGUCACAGUCCCGCGUUAUCUACUAUGUGCAGAAUGCAUUUGCACUUGAAGCAAGCUUUGGUUUUUUAGUCUUAGGUCACUCAUCUGACAGCUGUUACACCACCAACUCUUGUCUCGCCUCUACAAUAAAAGUUAAGUCAUCACAGAUGUAAGGCUAUCAGAGUGGUCCUACUGUAUUCCCUAGAUCAAGACAGCCGUGACAACAUCCCACUUUUGAGUUCCACUGGUUAAACUUUGCACCUUCACUCCUUUUAAAACUGGAACAAAGCCAGCUAUUGUGUUGAAGCCUUGGUCUCCAGUGAAGCUGACAGGUGGGAGGUGGGUGCUCUGUAAUCAAUGAAGAGUACCACUAGUAGUUUACUAAGCUUAGUGAGAGGUAGUGGAGUCUUAAGCAGGCGGGGCCUAGUUGGAGGAUGUAAGUUACUGAGGGCUUGGCUUUGCAGGAUGUACUUUUGGCCUCUGACUUCCUCUUUCUCUUCUAUUUCCUGUGGCUUACAAGGUGAGCCGUUUUUCUCCACUGCAUGCUCCCUUCCAUAAUAUUCU